GCCAAUCCGAGAGCAGGAUUCUCAGCCGCGAGUGAAGAAAGCCAAUCGGAUCCCAGGAGCGCCGGCCGGAGCGAGGACGGAGCCAAUCAGCUGUGAAGAUGAAGGUGGGGCAGAGCCGCGCGGAGUUUCAAAUCGGCCGGGGUCAGCUAAGAGCAGCUGCGAGCAGCUUCGGGUCCGCCUCUGGGGUCGCCGGGAACUACAGUGGGCAGAGAAGACUCUUGGCCAGGCAGAUGGCUUCUCGGUGGCAGGGCAUGAGGGCCUCUGUGCGCAGGAGAUCUCUCCGGAACCAUGAGCAGCUGGAGGACAGCAAGGCGCUUCAGUCUGUGGUCAGCCAUCAAGAAACCUCUACCCUGGGCUCCCUGUGCAGACAGUUCCAAAGGAGGUUGCCCCUCAGAGCUGUCAACCUCAACCUCGGGGCAGGUCCCUCCUGGAAGCGCCUCGAAACCCCAGAGCCAGGACAGCAAGACCUCCAGGGUGCUGUUCGAUCAGCUAAGAGUGCUUUGGGUGCCAUGUCCCAGAGAAUCCAGGAGUCCUGCCAGAGUGGCACCAAGUGGCUGGUAGAAACCCAUGUGAAAGCCAGGAGGGGGAAGAGAGGGGCCCAGAAGGACAGUAGCCUGCCAGCUCACAGCCUGACCCAGAAGAGCUCCCGGCUGUCUAGAGCCACCUCUGCCCACUCAGCCAUGGACUCCUGGGAGAGACAGCAUCACUACCGGUCUGUCCAGAUGGGCCUGCGUACCCCCCAACUACGGCGGUCAAGGAGGGAGGCUGCCUUCCGGAGCCCCUAUUCCUCAACAGAGCCCCUCUGCUCUCCCAGGCAAUCUGAUGGUGACCUAGAGCCUGUGGGGGCAGGAAUUCAGCAUCUCCAGAAGCUGUCCCAAGAGCUAGACGAAGCCAUUAUGGCUGAAGACAGCAGUGAUAUGACCGUCUUUCUCAUUCAUGACUAAGGACAGUGCCCUGCAGGUAACAUCCUUUUCUCCUCCUUCCCUUCUUCCUUUCCUCCCCUCCUGCCCCUCAUGCAUGAGCACCUGUGUAUAUGUGAAAGCAUAUUAAAGAAAUGAGUCUUUCCUGGAAGCACCUACAGAGCCAAUGGACACAGCAGAGGAGAAAGUAUACAAAUCUUCUUACCUGUUUGGAGCCAGGGCUGCUAACCUCACUGACCCUGUCACUAACUGAGCAUGCUGGGGACCCCUUCCAAUCCCCCAUUUAGCGGGGCAAGCUAUGGUGUCUCCACUUCCCCUGCCUUUCUGCAGUGAAGGAGGUACCCAGGGAGCUCUGUCCUACAGGAGGCAAGUGUCUGACCACCCCCAGGAUGUCUGUGCUGCCCUGUGAGCUCCCCAGAGGAUGCCCCCAGGAGUCUUCAGUACCCCUGGGCCACCGCUAAUAGGGACAUGACUAACAGGGGCCUAAAGCUUUCCUGCUCCAGCCACAUCCGGACCCAUCAGUGACCACCUGCUGCAACCUGAGAGUGACUUGGGGAGAUCUUGAAGAGAUGGGAGAAUUGUCCCUUCUCCUCCCCCAGGGCUUAGAAAUUCAUCCCAAACUUCAUUUCACCUGUGGUUGCUUCAUCUGCCAUGUGAGACCCAGGAGUGCAAAGGUGUUUGAGAGCUCUGAACCAUGUCCCUAGCAGCAGGGUCUUUGGGGAGCCCCCCAUAGCCUCCCUCACCCUCUGUGUCUCCGGGGCUGAGGCUCUUGGGCACCUGUCUCCCAUCUCUGCUUCCCCUACCAGGGCCUAGAAGAAGUUGUAGGAGACAGUUCCAGGCUUAAGACCCUGGGUUCCCGGGUACCUAUUUAUAUGCUCAGCACAGGACAAGGGUGUGCUUUGGGGAGCAGUAGAUUAUUCAAGAGCAAUUUCUGCCCUUUGUAAAUUAUUUAAGAAAUCUGCUUUGUCAUUUUAUUAGAAAGAAACCAGCGUGUGACUUUCCUAGAUAACAUUGCUUUUCAUAAUAAAAACUCUUUCUUCACUUA